AUGAACUCCUCGCCAUAUCAUCCUCUGCGAUCAGCUGAUGGUCAGAUCAGGCUGUUGAUACUUCAUCCCGCUUUGAAGCACGACGCUCCUAUUCAGUGUAUGCUAGAGCCAGCCAUUCUCUCUUCCAACCCCAACUAUGAGGCUCUAUCGUACACCUGGGGCGAUCCCGGAAAUGGCUGCAAUAUCUCACUCAGUAAUCACGAUUUUCUGGUGGGAGACAAUGCCGCUGCAGCGCUUCGCAGAUUGCGAUGGAAGAGGAAGAAUAGAGUGCUAUGGAUAGAUGCAAUCUGCAUCAAUCAAGCCGACGUGGACGAGAAAAGUACGCAAGUUCCCCUCAUGCAGAAGAUCUACGGUCAAGCACAGAACGUCUUGGUCUGGUUGGGAGAGCCUACUGAUGGCAGUAUUAUGGGCCUGAGACUACUCCAGAAUAGGAUGGCUAGUGUUGGCUGGCAUCAGUGGAAGAUUGACAAUGACUACGGCAAGCCGACACUUCCGUUCCUCAAAUCUCUCAAAAGCUCCAUUGCGAUGAUGAAUCGAUCCGGAUUAAUACAGGAGCAAAUAAAUGGGGAGGUCAGUGAACUUCUUGAUCGGCCCUGGUGGCGGCGAACUUGGAUCAUACAAGAGGUCGUUCUGGCAAAGAAUAUCCAGAUAAUAUGCGGAGACGAUGUCAUCACAUGGGAUGCAGUGGCAUCUUUGUUCAAGCGACUUAAGUGGACGCAGGCUGAGGUUCAGGUGUUUGGUAUUAAGUUGAGUGAUCAAGAUAUAUUUCCGGAUCAGAUGUACAACUUUAUUUCGAGCUAUCGCCAACAAUGGCAUUCGAGCGGCGGGAGACUCAACCUUUUGGACGUGCUAUACGAGUUCAGAAGCUUAGAGUGCACGGUUGCGCAUGACAGGAUUUAUGGAUUCUUGGGCAUUGUACAUGCUGAUGUGGCUGCCCACAUCAGCCCGGAUUAUCAUCUCGAUGCACCGCAGGUGUAUCGUGACUUUGCAAGAACCAUGAUCCAAGUUACAGGCAACCUACAUCUGCUGAACUGCACAAGACACUGGUCAGGCGUUGAAACUGGCGCUCAACGGCAAAAGGCAUACAGCGUCCUGGAGCAGUCGAGAUACUACGACAUCCAGGCUCGAAUCUUCGAUGGACCAGAUAAGACUCCGAGAAGAGGCUGGGCGAGACUGCCUGAUGGCUGGGAGAGAAUACCGCGCAAGGAGAAGUCUCUGUUUCGGGACAACACGGAUAGGAACAAACAGUCUACUGAAUCGAGUCCAUUAGAGGGCCAGCAAGCUGCGAGAGCUGAGCAUUAUAUCAAGCAAAGAGAACUCUCACCGGGAUGGUCCAAGAUCUGGGACAACCUUGGCCGUGCAAAGGUUGUGUAUGGAGCCGGAGAGACGGCGAGAGAGCACAGACUGCGAAAUGAAAGAGAGCUUCUCCGACAGAGGCUUUCUAGAUUACCCUCAUGGGUUGCCAACUGGGAAUGUCCAACUCGAUGGGACCCUAAGCCACUGAUCAAUUUUUCGUCAUCACAGCCUCGAUAUUUCGCAUCCGGAGACACUACUGCGGCACUACAUAUUGGUUCCAACCCACGGGUUCUGUCUCUGAAGGGGCAGAUUAUUGAUGAAAUCAGGCAACUUGGACCCGUAUGGCAUCCCGAACUUAACAGGCCCCCUAUUUCUAGGAAAGGCAUCAACGCUCUUGUUGAGUGGGAAAGUCUUGCCCUGAUUGAGCUUCCAGACUGCCCUUACGGUGGCGCUGAGGGUCGCACCAACGCCCUCUGGAGAACAAUGAUAGCUGAUUAUGCAGGUGCAGAAGCUGCUGAGAGUGAUGAUUGGGCUUAUAUCGAGGCGUGGUAUGACCGAACUGGAUGGGGUCGUGAGCUCCCAGAUAUGGCAUCAAGGGGAGUAUAUGAGACGGUCACACUUGAGGGAGAAGUACGGGAGCUUGAGGUUGUGAUGAAUGCCCAGUUUCUCCAGAUAAGACCUGUGCCUGUUCUGAAAACUGGCGAAGUGCUGAAACAUCCAUUGGGGGAUUUCUCGCAAAGAAAGAAAAAGUAUGGAGGUUAUAUAAAGCGCAUUUAUGACGCUUGUGCGCAUCGCGCAUUGCUGGUGACUUAUCGGGGUUACAUGGGAUUGGCGCCUUGGAAUGCACAGAUCGGUGACAAAGUGGCUAUUCUUCAUGGUGGCGAGACGCCUUUUAUCAUUCGUAACAUUAAGGGGACGGAGGACUUUUCUUUAGUCGGGGAAGCUUUUGUAUAUGGGCUGAUGGGUGGAGAGGGAAUGUCGGAUGCUUUUGGGGGAGGACGCGAUAUUAAUAUCUUAUGA